ACUGCGCGGCUGAAGAAGUGUCGAAAGCUGCGAGGCCAUGUGAGUCACGGUCAUGGUCGAGUCGGUGAGUCUAAUGUUAACCUAGAUUGAACAGAAGGGUCUUUUAGUAUCAAAGAGUGGAAAUCUAUUGCAAUGCUUAACUGUGAUUUAAGAAAAUCCUUUGUAGUUGUUUGAUGGUUGUCAUAAUUCAUUUGGUCAGCUUACAUAUAUCAGGGUCGGCCAGGGUUUUGGGGUAUGCAGUAUAUUGGGUUAUUUAAUUUCAGGUAUACAGUAUUUUUAUGCUUAAAAUUGGGUAUAGAGUAUUCCCUCAUGACCAAUUUUGGGUCUAAAGUAUACUGUGUUUUCUUAAUUUUGGUAUUUUACACAAGUUUUAGUAUAAUUUUUGGUAUAUUGGAAGGUUUAAUUCAGGUAUUUUGGUAUUCCACUACCCCCUCCCCCCCCCGGCCAGGCCAACCCUGAUAUAUACAGUUGAACCUCCCCUAACGGCCACCUCUCUACAAUGGCCACUUUUUUUCAUCCGGGCUGAUGAAAAGAUCCAUACUUCGACUCUUGUUUAGAAAGCUCUUUACAACAGCCACCUCUUUACAGUGUCCACUUCUGUUCCCAAUGUGGCCAAGGUGUUGAACUUAUUUUAAGUUUUGCAAUUUUCUAGUUGAGUACAGAUCUUAAUUUGAUCCAAUACUCUUUUUAACUGAUUUGCUAUCUUAUAGCUUGUGAGAACAACGACGUAGGUAUUAGAGAAGAAAACAUAAUAUUCAAUCACAUAUGAAAAACAAUUGCAACAUGUAACCAAAGACUAAGUGAAUACAGAGUGAUUGAUCUUCAUAUAAUAUAGGAAAGUUUCCCAAUCAAAUUCAUGCUUUGAAAGCUCCUGUGGGAUUUCCGCUCUGCCCCAUACAUUUAUUUAUAUAUGCAUGCAUGUUUCAACUCUGUUGAUAGUAACUAUUUGUGCAGAAUAGUACAAGAUUGCUGCAUAUGUAAUAGAUGUGUGGGGUUGUAAAGAAAUCUUACUAUAACUUCUGUUGUGUGAAGCAGCCAAUUAACUUUUGUUAAUGUGUGAUUACAGGGAAACACAGGAAACAUCCUGGAGGUCGUGGUAAUGCUGGAGGACUGCUUCACCACAGGAUUAACUUUGAUAAAUAGUGAGUUAGUGUUUGUAUUGCAGUAGAUUUCCUUGGUAGACACAGGGUACAUUUUGAUGUAGUUCUUCCCAUUCAAGUCAAGGCACUAUAUCAUGUGCCCUGUUGGGCUGAAAUUGUGACAAACAACAUGGUCUUGAUACAGUAAGACAAAUGAUAUGGUGAAAUAGUUCUAAUUUUCGGCAGCCAUAACAAUUGCUACUUUUGAGAUAUACGACUGGAAAUUUACAGGUUACCUAAUUUGAAUGUGCACUUUCAGCGUGUGCUAACAAAAUUUUUUCAAGAGUGAACUGUUUUCUUGUUUAUCGAAAGUUGAUCACUUGAUCAACUAAUGCAAAAGGCCUAUUGGUUUUUCUGUAAAGUGGAUUUUUAAAGGCAUUAAUGUAAGCCCUUUUUUUGCAUUACAGCCAUCCAGGUUACUUUGGUAAAGUAGGCAUGCGACACUUUCACUUAACAAGGAAUAAAUACCACAAACCAGCUGUUAACUUGGAUAAGCUGUGGUCCCUUGUCAGUGAGCAGACAAGGCAGUACUACAAGGACAAGACUGAUGGCCCAGUCCCAGUUAUUGAUGUUGUUCGUGCUGUAAGUAUGCUCUGUUGAAUUACCUUUAUUUGUUUAAUCCCUUCCCUACUCAUUUCUUGGUGGCAAGUACUCUGUAGAAUGAAGAAUAAUUUAAGGGGUGCAUGAAGUAGGCCCCAAGUGACUAUGAAAAAGGUGUAGAUAUUAGUAUUUAAAAAAAAAUUGCAACUACUGCUUAAUCAUGAAGUGUAAUUUUUUUUGUUAGUCAAGUCAUGGUUAAUCACACCUGUACCCAGAACAUUAUUUUAAUUUCAAAAUGAGGAAUUUCAGAACCCUCAUACAGGUGCAUAUCUUCAUUGCACUGUGGGAGUCUGAAAAAAAUAACUUUUUUGGAACAUUGCUCGAAAAAUUUUGAGUUCUGCAUCAUAGAAUCUUUGUAAACUCUGCUUGAUCUUAAAAGAAUCUCCUUUGGUUUCACAAGAAAGCACAAAGUGAUCUGUAUGGAGAAGGUGCCACUGGCAGCUGCUAUCAGUCCAUUUAUGAGCUUACUGUAACCCACCCAUAGUCCAUGAUAGGAAUGAUGCGUGUAAGGUAGACCACACCACCGGGGAACUUCCACUACUCUUUUUGAACAGUAGUGUGGGUUCUCUUAUAUCCCCUUUGAUUUUGACUAAUGAAAGAAGGAUGAAAGAGACAAGGUCAACUGCUUAACGUCACUGCCCUAUGGCAUGAUCGUUUUAACUGAGACAAGAUCUCAAUUCAUAAGCCAGCACGAUCUCACCAUUUUUUUCUGGCGUUGGUUUGAACCGCCGCCUUCCUACUCGGCAGACCUAUGCCCUCCCAACUGAGGUAAUCGGGUGGUUCCUUGUCUCUCCCUCUCUCACUUUAGACUCAGGCUAAGAAUUGCAGUAGUUUGUGUAAUGUAUUCUUCUAAAAUAGUAACAAACUGUUUUCUUUACAGGGAUAUUACAAAGUUCUUGGUAAAGGCCUUCUACCUAAACAGCCCGUGAUUGUGAAGGCAAAGUUUUUCAGUCGUAAGGCUGAGGAAAAGAUUAAGGAGGUUGGAGGUGCCUGCGUCCUGGUUGCAUAG